AUGUUUCCUAGUAUAAUUCUUUUGAAGGAAGGUGUUGAAAAUUCUCAAGGAAAAGAGCAAUUGAUCUCUAACAUAAAUGUAUGCCAAUCUCUUUUGGAUGCUGUGCGAACAACUCUUGGUCCUCGGGGAAUGGAUAAGUUGAUUGUAAAUGAAGUAGGUAAAACCACUAUAUCAAAUGAUGGAGCUUGUAUUCUUAAAGCAUUAGAUGUCUGUCAUCCCGCAGCUGAAAUAUUGGUAAACGUUGCUAAAUCUCAAGAUGCUGAAGUAGGAGAUGGAACUACUUCGGUGGUUCUUCUUACGGGAGAGUACCUCAAAAACCUCAAAUCAUUCAUAGAGGAAGGAGUGCAUCCACGUUUUGUUAUGAAGUCCCUUCGACAAGCAACCAAUUUUGCUAUUGAAAAAAUUAAAUCUAUUUCAAUAAGAAUUGAAGACAAGGAUAAGGAAAAGGAAUUCCGAAAUCUACUAGAAAAAUGUGCCAUGACAGCACUUGGUUCAAAAUUAAUAAGUCACCAAAAAAAUUUUUUUGGGAAAAUGGUUGUUGAUGCUGUUCUAAUGUUGGACGAGACUUUAGGUCAGAAAAUGAUAGGAAUAAAAAAAGUAUUAGGUGGCGCAUUGGAGGAUUCCCUUCUUGUAGCUGGAGUGGCGUUUAAAAAGACUUUCUCAUAUGCAGGAUUUGAGAUGCAACCAAAGCGAUACAGUAACCUCAAAAUUGCUAUUUUAAAUAUAGAACUUGAAUUGAAAGCAGAAAAAGAUAAUGCUGAAAUAAGAAUUUCUGAUGUUCAUGAAUACCAAAAAAUUGUUGAUGCUGAGUGGAAAAUCCUUUACAUUAAACUAGAUUUAAUUAUUAAAAGUGGAGCCCAAGUAGUCCUUUCUAAAUUACCAAUUGGUGAUGUAGCAACUCAGUAUUUUGCAGAUAGAAAUGUAUUUUGUGCUGGGCGAGUGCCAGAUGAAGACAUGGAUCGAACACUGAAAGCUUGUGGUGGAUCAUUGGUAUCUGUUGUGCAAGAUAUUUCAGAUCUGAACUUAGGCAGCUGCAAAACUUUCGAAGAAAGACAAGUAGGAAAUGAAAGAUAUAAUAUUUUUACUGGUUGUCCCCAAGCAAAAACAUGUACAAUUAUUCUCCGAGGAGCAGCACAACAAAUUAUGGAUGAAAUGGAGAGAUCAAUUCAUGAUGCUAUAAUGGUUGUUCGCCGCACUAUUAAAAAUGAUGCAAUUGUGGCUGGAGGAGGAGCAAUAGAAAUGGAAUUGAGUCGUGCUUUGAGAGAUUAUUCUCGUUCAAUUGAAGGAAAAGAACAAUUGCUAAUUGGAGCAGUUGCUAAAUCUUUGGAAGUUAUACCAAGACAGUUAUGUAUCAAUGCAGGAUUUGAUGCCACAAAUAUUCUUAAUAAAUUACGCCAGAAACAUUCAAUGGGAAAAAUAUGGUAUGGAGUUGAUCUAAAUACUGAGGACGUUGCUGAUAAUUACGAAGCCUGUGUAUGGGAGCCUGCUGCAGUGAAAAUAAAUUGUCUGUCUGCAGCUUGUGAAGCAGCAAGUACCAUCUUAUCAGUUGAUGAAACUGUGAAAAACCCAUCAGCACGUGAAGAAAUGCCUGAAAGAGGGAUGAGAAGGCCGAUGUGA